CUCCAUAAAGACAGCAGGCAACUAUUUUGCGGAAUCUGCUAACUCACCUCGCAUUGCUCGUGUGAAUUCUAACGUAUGAUAUACAACCUGAUUCUCAAGCCCAACUAGUGGAAUCUACUCCUCAAAUGUUCUGGUGAAGUGAGCUUGUCGCGGAGCACUGGGGACAAAUGAUCUUUCAUUGAAACUCUGGUCACUUCGAACCUCCGUUCCUAAACAACUCACCAUGCCACCGUUCAGCAAGGCCGACACAACUGUCUACCGCAAGGAUGUCGCUUCAGGCGGCCGAAUCCUCUCUGCCGCAGAGCGCGAGAGACUCCUGCAACGAUAUCUCCCUACACCGCCCUCAGAGCCUACGCAGGAAGAUUCACAACCGCCCAACCCCUCCCAACGCCCAAAAUCCAAGGGCCACAGGCGAAGAGUGCGGCCUUUCCUCAAGUCGAAGCUGCAUUUCCUCGUCUUCUUCCUCAUUCAACUCGUCUUUGGCAUAUACAUUCGCCUGCGCCAGAUCUACCACGCCACAGUCUACCGCCUGCUGGGCGUCAGGCACCACCACCACCGCACCCCAGAGUACAUUCAGAAAGAUGUCAAGAACCUCGACCGCAUACCUGAGCACCUCAGUGUGAUCUUGAAGUUCAAGUCAGAGGAAGAUGGCGGACUAGAAGCACUGAUGGAUGAGGUCGCCGAGCUCUGUGCUUGGUCCGCAGCUGCUGGGAUCCCGCUGCUGAGUGUCUACGAAAAGUCGGGGAUAUUGAAGACAUACAUGGCGUCUUUGCAAGACUUGGUGAAGCAGAAGCUCUCGUCGUAUUUCGGCCCUCCCCCCGCGGCGCCGUCUUUGAGGGUGUUUGCUCCCAAUCAUCCCUCCAUGAACCCGUCUCGGACACCUUCACCGCAAAUACCAGCACAAUCCGUGGCCGAUGGAGUCUACGCCUCAAACGCAGACAUGCGGCCGUCCCACCUGGACCUUCUCCUCCUGUCCGCCACAGACGGGCGAGACACGCUGGUCGACCUGACCAGGACACUGGCCGAGAUGGCCCAAGCUCAAAAGCUACGUCCCAAGGACAUCACCUCCAAUCUCAUCAACACGGAAAUCAGCGCGACGACCGCGAUCCCGGACUCGAGGCUGGCGAGCGGCGACAAACCGGCUGGGAAAGAGGUCGGUGCGGGAGAACCAGAUCUGGUCAUCGUCUUCGGACCGGUGGUGAAGCUGGACGGCUAUCCACCCUGGCAGAUCCGGCUCAGCGAGAUCUUCUGCGUGGGCGACUCUGGCGGCGACGUCUCUGGCAGCGGCAGCACGAGGGUCGAGUACCAAGCCUUCCUCAGGGCGCUGUGGAAAUACGCCGGUGCAAAUUUCAACUUUGGAAGAUGACAGAAGCUACGCAGACAGGAUAAUCGAUGACCAGGAACCGUACAAGGCUUCUUGAAGCUCUUCGAAAACCGAAUGCUAUACAGCGAGAAUAGAUACCCCGUACGGAAAAUAUUGAAACUCGCUAAUCCCCCUUGAUGGUGACUUAUACAAGCUCUGUGGGUGCUUUCACCGUCCGAGAACCCUGAUGACCCGUGCAAUACACCUUCGACCCACACGCAUGAUCAUGCGGCGUCCAAACCCAAAGAAAACGGAGAUGAAGACCUUUUGCCUCUAAAUUAUUCCUUCCAACUGCAGUAAUCAGGGAAAGCAACCAGCGCGAUAGAGGGUAUAUCGAAGUAACCAUAUGAAAGAUCGAUGGUGAUCAGGAUGAUGAUACACAUCUAUCAGGGGGUUAGCCCAUGCCUCUCCCGUGCAACAGCGCCGCAGGUUUGCGUUUCUCAAACUCACUAUGACUUGUUUGUUGCCUGGAGACGUGCUCGAGAUUGAAAUCUGGACAUUGUCCUGGCAUGUUGAAGGCGAGGAUGAGCGCUGCUGUGAGCGCGAUGUGCCUCGCCUUUGAGGCUCCAAAAAUUCCCUGAGAUACGCAACGCUUCCAGUCCCUAGUCCUUGCACAGGCUCUUUCACGGCACUGAAGCUCCUGGACAGUCUGGCAAUGACGCAGAACACGACUUUGUGCAAUCCAGCACAUCCGUAGCAAACUACAGCCUCCAACUCCAUGCUUCAGGAGAAUGAAACACUAUCAUAUCCUGUGAAAAUUUAGUCAUCGUAAUCAUCA